AAAAUAUCAGUAAACAUUAUAGUUCUAUUGUACUGGAUUGUAUUUUUUUCGAUUUUAACCUGUUGAGUUUUGUCUGAUACUUGGUCUGAUUAGUUAUUAUAACUAAUCCGCGAUUCAUAAUGUGGAGCGAUUCUUUGCUGAUUGUAUUUAUUUCUAUAUGUACUGCAUUUUUAGGUGAAGGUCUAACAUGGAUCCUGGUUUACCGAACAGAAAAGUACCAAAAACUUAAGGUUGAGGUUGAACGCCAAAGCAAAAAAUUGGAAAAAAGGAAAGAAGCUCAUGGGGACUCAUUGGAUAAACAACAUAAAAAGAAAAUUGAGAGGGAAGAAGAACGGCUGAAGAAUAAUAAUAGAGAUCUUUCUCUAGUUAAAAUGAAGUCUAUGUUUGCUAUUGGUUUUGCAUUCACAGCUUUACUCAGUAUGUUCAAUAGCAUAUUUGAUGGUAGAGUGGUGGCUAAACUUCCAUUUUACCCUAUCUCAUGGAUUCAAGGACUCAGUCACAGAAACUUACCUGGUGAUGACUACACUGACUGCUCAUUUAUAUUCCUCUACAUAUUGUGUACAAUGAGCAUUAGGCAAAACAUUCAAAAACUGCUAGGAUUUGCUCCAUCUCGUGCUGCAUCAAAACAAGGUGGAGCCCUGUUUGCAGCACCUCCAGCUCAGUUUAAGUAAUGCAGUGCAUUUCAUAGUGUAAUCAGUUGUGUGAAUUUAUUUAAUAACUUAUGUUCUAGGUACUUAGAUUUGGUUUGAAAAAAAGUUUUAAUUAAAC